UUGUCAGAUUGCCGUUCUGGUUCUUAAAUUCUGAAAAAUUUCGUGUCGAUUUGUUUAACGUGGCGAUGGAUGAUAGUGAGACGGAGAGGUUUCAACUCUUCGAUGUUUCAUUUGAGGAUGAUUGCCUGAUAGCUUCUCCUUCGGGCAGAACAUCGAAUCUUCGAAGUUCCAAAAAUCAAAAGGAGAGUGAUGCAGCAGAUUUGAUUAGGCAAAAGGAACGGACACCUGCGUCAUCUGAAUCCUUUGAACCUGAAAGAACAAGAGAAGUUAACAAGUGUAACUUGCGCAAAAGUAUCGCCUGGGAUAGUGCUUUCUUCACAAGUGCUGGUGUUCUUAAUCCUGAAGAGUUGUCUAUCAUAAAUAGAGGAUUCAGUAAAGCUGAAAUACCUCUAUUACCUGGGAUUCAAGAAGAUGUACGGAGAUCUACUGAGUCCAACUCUACAUUUGAGAGUGAUUCUUUGACAUUGGAAAGCAUUGAGAUUGAUUUGUUUGAAGAUCUAAGAUCUUCAAUUCAAAAAUCCAGUAAAUGUUCCAAUGUGACAUCUUCUAGUUGCAACUCAGGACCAGGAGAACAAGGAAUCCAAAGUCUUUGCUCUUCAAAGAGGGUUGGGCUUCCUUCUCAAAAUUUGAUGAAGCCCAUAGCUGCUUCCAAGAGGCAAACCGUUGGCAUUCAAAGCUUGGGAAAUACCCCAAAGAAGGCUUCUGUAUGUCCACAUGUUGUGCAGCCUGCUUCUAAAAGUAGAAAGCCAAAUUCAUCAUCUCUCAAGCCACCCAAGAUACUAGGCAUGGCUGACCCCAUCGCAGCAGCUCCAACAAAAAGGACUUUUUUGAGUGCUAGCCGUAUCAAAGUAGAACAUAACACCACAAAAGCUGCUUCUGGUAAGGGGACCCCUGAUGUGUGGUCCAAGAAACCUAAAUCGGGUGAUUCUGGCAGUUUUACCCCUAGGUCUUCACCAUCCCCAAAGUCUUCCUUUUCAGGUUCUCCUUCUGUUUCCUCAGUUAAUAGAUCUGGAAGCACUUCAUCUGAUUCUAGGGGUAAAUCUCCUGCAAACUCCUGGAGGAACAAAACCAGUUCUAGAAAUGUUAAUCCGGCUCCCUUUGGUUCAACCCGCGUGGAAUCCAUGAGAAAAUCAUCAACAAAUAAAGCUGAUUCUGGCAACUCUCAUCUCUCUGCACACCUAAUGUCUAUGUCCAAGCAUUAUUCAAGCAUAUCACCAGCUAGUUCUAUUGAUGGUUGGUCUUCAGAAUCAUCUUCAUCAACUUCUACUAUCAACCAGAGGUCUAAUAAUUCAAAAACUAGUAAGUCGCCUUGCAGUGGGUUCUCUGUAGAUAAUGAUGCUCCUCAGGCAUUGGAUCUGCAGACACAUCCGCAUAAUUGGGCCAGUUCUAGACAUGGAAGUGAUGGAACAGAGUUGAGGAGUGAAUGUGAAAUGAAAUCACCUGUGGACACCAAUGCUCUUUCUUGUGUGGCUUCCACAAAUGUUUCUAGGAGCAUUAAGCCAUCAGGCCUUCGAAUGCCAUCACCGAAGAUUGGAUUUUUUGAUGCGGAGAAAACUGCACUGCACACUCCCAGGGGAGGUUUGGGAGGAGUAAGAAGUGGUUUGCCUAAAGAUGGACCCGGAAUCAGUUGCCUCAAUGGGAGUGCCAUUAAAAUCAAACCUGGUAAAGUACAACCUGCAAGAACUCUGGCUAGAACUGGGAAAGUGAAAUCUGAAUCUGAGCACACUAGAGUGCUGUGUCCUACAUCAAGUGUAAAACCUAAUUUUGCAGACCUCCAUGAACAAGCAAAUGCUUCACCAAAAGAAACUGGUGAUGCAGUGAAAUGUGGUACUGGUCCGAAUGCAAAAGUCAGUGGUGGUAUAGAUCCAUCGAAGAAUAAAAUAAUGGCAAAAAGUGAAGGGCAGGUCUCUUUAAGAGUUAUCAAGAUUAGUCCCUCAAAAGAAGUUGGGACUUGUUAUUCUAGUGAAAAGGAAAACUCGUUUGGAAUUGAAGAUCAGGUUGGUAAUCUUAUAAGAACUGUUGGAGUUAUAGAUCUCAGUCCAGAUGUGCUGAAUUGAAUUAUGAAGAAGUCCUCUCUUCAUCAACAAGUGUUACAGUUUUAUAUUCU